AGGAGCCGGCGGCAGUAGCGGUGAAUAUUUCGGGGGUGGUGGGGGCGCCACUCACUGGCCCAGGUGCUGCCUGUGCUGCGAGCCGCGGUGUCUCCUGGACGCAGCCGGGGUAGUGGUUCCGAGUCACUGCAGCUAGACUCCAGGGUGGGGGAGGGAAGAAGCGGAGCCGCCGCAAGCCGCACGUGAAAGAAAAGCACAAGAAGUAAAGAAACUUUUACAGUCAUUGUUGAUUUAACUGUUACGCGGAUCCCCCAAAUCAAAACAAGCUGCUGAAACUUAAGAAGCUGAUUCUGUCACAAUGUAAGAUGCCUUUGGAAAAUUCUACAUUCCUCUUAGAUGAAUCUUUAGAACUUGAUGAGUUUCACUAGAUACCUUCAAUCUUCAUUUUGAGCUCAGAGUGCAUCAAUCCUGAGUGUCAUUUUGUUGAAAUUUUAUGAAGUCAACACUUGUUUAACCAAUACCAAGAUCAAGAUAUAGAACAUUUUCCUCAGCCCAGGAGCCUCCUUCAUGCCCCCUAGCAGUCAUCACGGACUCCCAGAGAAUUCUGAGACUGAUGGUCAGCCAUAUAGAAGAAUACAUUGAACCUACAGUUUUCUGAAGAAUCCGUUCAAAAGAUCCAAAAAAUACAAAAGGAGAAGUACAAAUGUCUACCACAAGACGAAAACGUAGUAUGUUAUGUUGUUUACCGUAAGCUGUAGUAAAAUGAGCUCGAUGAUUGACAGGGAUGAUGGUAGUAUUUUUGAUGGGUUGGUGGAAGAAGAUGACAAGGACAAAGCAAAAAGAGUAUCUAGAAACAAAUCUGAAAAGAAACGUAGAGAUCAAUUUAAUGUUCUCAUUAAAGAACUGGGAUCCAUGCUUCCUGGUAAUGCUAGAAAGAUGGACAAAUCUACUGUUCUACAGAAGAGCAUUGAUUUUUUACGAAAACAUAAAGAAAUCACUGCACAGUCAGAUGCUAGUGAAAUUCGACAGGACUGGAAACCCACAUUCCUUAGUAAUGAAGAGUUUACACAAUUAAUGUUAGAGGCUCUUGAUGGUUUUUUUUUAGCAAUCAUGACAGAUGGAAGCAUAAUAUAUGUGUCUGAGAGUGUAACUUCAUUACUUGAGCAUUUACCAUCUGAUCUUGUGGAUCAAAGUAUAUUUAAUUUUAUCCCAGAGGGGGAACAUUCAGAGGUUUAUAAAAUACUCUCUACCCAUCUGCUGGAAAGUGAUUCAUUAACUCCCGAAUAUUUAAAAUCAAAAAAUCAGUUAGAAUUCUGUUGUCAUAUGCUUCGAGGAACAAUAGACCCAAAGGAGCUGUCUACUUAUGAAUAUGUGAAAUUUAUAGGAAAUUUCAAAUCUUUAAACAGUGUAUCCACCUCAGCACACAAUGGUUUUGAAGGAACUAUCCAACGCACACAUAGGCCUUCUUAUGAAGAUAGAGUUUGUUUUGUAGCUACUGUCAGAUUAGCUACCCCUCAGUUCAUCAAGGAAAUGUGCACUGUUGAAGAACCUAAUGAAGAGUUUACAUCUAGACAUAGUUUAGAAUGGAAGUUCCUAUUUCUAGAUCACAGGGCACCACCCAUAAUAGGAUAUUUGCCAUUUGAAGUUCUGGGAACGUCAGGCUAUGAUUACUAUCAUGUGGAUGACCUAGAAAAUUUGGCAAAAUGUCAUGAGCACUUAAUGCAAUACGGGAAAGGCAAAUCAUGUUAUUAUAGGUUCCUGACCAAAGGACAACAGUGGAUUUGGCUUCAAACUCAUUAUUAUAUCACUUAUCAUCAGUGGAAUUCAAGGCCAGAGUUUAUUGUUUGUACUCACACUGUAGUAAGUUAUGCAGAAGUUAGGGCUGAAAGACGACGAGAACUUGGCAUUGAAGAGUCUCUUCCUGAGACAGCUGCUGACAAAGCCCAAGAUUCUGGCUCUGAUAAUCGUAUAAACACAGUCAGUCUCAAGGAGGCAUUGGAAAGAUUUGAUCACAGCCCAACCCCUUCUGCAUCCUCCCGGAGUUCAAGAAAAUCAUCUCACACAGCAGUCUCAGACCCUUCCUCAACACCAACAAAGAUCCCAACGGAUACCAGCACUCCUCCCAGACAGCAUUUACCAACUCAUGAAAAGAUGGCACAAAGGAGGUCAUCGUUUAGUAGUCAGUCCAUAAAUUCCCAGUCUGUUGGUCAGUCAUUGACACAGCCAGUGAUGUCUCAAGCUGCAAAUUUACCAAUUCCACAAGGCAUGUCCCAGUUUCAGUUUUCAGCUCAAUUGGGAGCCAUGCAGCAUCUGAAAGACCAGUUGGAGCAACGGACACGGAUGAUAGAGGCAAAUAUUCAUCGGCAACAAGAAGAACUAAGAAAAAUCCAAGAACAACUUCAAAUGGUCCAUGGUCAAGGACUGCAGAUGUUUUUACAACAAUCAACCCCUGGAUUGAAUUUUGGUUCUGUUCAACUUUCUUCUGGAAAUUCAUCUAACAUCCAGCAACUGGCACCUAUAAAUAUGCAAGGCCAGGUUGUUCACGCUAACCAGAUUCAAAGUGGAAUGAAUACUGGGCACAUCGGCACAACUCAGCAUAUGAUACAACAGCAGACUUUACAAAGUACAUCAAGUCAGCAGAGUCAACAAAAUGUACUGAGUGGGCACAGUCAACAAACAUCUCUUCCUAGUCAGACACAGAGCACUCUUACAGCCCCGCUGUAUAACACUAUGGUGAUUUCUCAGCCGGCAGCCGGAAGCAUGGUCCAGAUUCCAUCUAGUGUGCCACCAAACAGUACCCAGAGUGCUGCAGUAACUACAUUCACUCAGGACAGACAGAUAAGAUUUUCUCAAGGUCAGCAACUUGUGACCAAAUUAGUAACUGCUCCUGUGGCUUGUGGGGCGGUCAUGGUACCUAGCGCUAUGCUUAUGGGUCAGGUAGUGACUGCCUACCCCACAUUUGCUACACAACAGCAGUCACAGACGUUGUCAGUCAUGCAGCAGCAGCAGCAGCAGCAGCAAAGCUCCCAGGAACAGCAGCUUACUUCAGUUCAGCAACCAUCUCAGGCUCAGCUGACCCAGCCACCACAGCAAUUUUUACAGACUUCUAGGUUGCUCCAUGGGAAUCCCUCAACUCAGCUUAUCCUCUCUGCUGCAUUUCCACUACAACAGAGCACUUUCCCUCAAUCACAUCACCAGCAACACCAGUCUCAGCAACAGCAGCAGCUGAGUCGGCACAGGACUGACAGUUUGACUGAUCCUUCCAAGGUUCAACCUCAGUAGCACAUGUGCCUCCUCUCUGACCUCAAGGGAGGAGGGGUUGGCCCAUAAGGAGUUGCUCAGAUGAUCUGAGGAUAGGAGGAAGAGUUCCAGCAGUUUCAUGAGGUGCAGUGUUGAGCGUUCAAGGUCCUGGGAUUAGUUAGCAGGGAAAAGGCUGCCUAGUGCUACAGAUGUACAUUAAAUACCAGCCAGUAGGAGAUGAUCGUAGGGCCAUAGCCAAUUCUGACAGGGUUUUACUUGCCCAGAUAUUUUUUGAUGGAAAAAGAGUAUAUUGCCAAAUGUUUAGAAGCUCAGCUAUGAAACAUGACCUCCAGUGAAUCAGAAAGGCACUAACAUUGUUGUUAGUAACUUUUAGUGGUUCUGUGCCUGUUUUCAAGUGUUACAGAGGACACACCACUGCCAUGGCAGAGGUUUGCUUACAAUGAUGCCAUGAAGACAGUCCAGUAGACUCAGUAGGCCCCCUUCCCCACCCCUCUCCCUUUUCAGAUAAUGAUGGAAUAGUAAUGAAUUUCAGAAUGUUGUGUGGAUUCAAAUUCUCUAUGUACAGAUGCUGUAAAAAUAUUAUGUAUAUGUCUGGAUAAAAGGAGAGAAAGCAAAACAUUUUGUAUGCUGCAUGAAAGCAUUAUCUGCUCCUCAUAGGUAUGAGUACAUUUCCUUAGAUCCUGAUGCCGUGUGCAAACUAAUGCAUCCUCUGUUUUCCCUUUUGUUUACGAAACGAUAGUGUUGUAUUCAUUUUUCUGGGGCACAAGUUUUUUUGUUCAUACUUUGGCUGUGAUGUCACAGUUUGUUCAGUGAGGUAUAAUGUGCUGCUGGGAAUGGAUUUUUUUUUCAGGUUAAAUUAUUGAACCAACAGGAUUUUCAAGUUACUCAGAAAUAUAUCCCUCAUUUCAUUAUUUUUCAAUUAUGUUUGAAAAUAGGAUUUGCACUGCUUUAUUUUAGAUGGUUGGGAGUUUUGAUGACCUAUUUUGAUAUAGUUUGUAGUUGGAAAUAGUUAUAUAAAUGGUUUUCAACAAGCCUGAAAGUAAUUUCAAGAAUGUUUCAGUUAUAGGAGUAAAAUUUGCACACAAAACAUUUUAGGCACUUUUUAACAUUCUCACUGGUGGGAAUUUUAACUUUUAGGAUUUGUUGGAAUCUUUUUAUUAUCUUUCACAAUUUCAAUGCUUCUUUUAGUCAGAAAUGAUUCAGGGUUAUUUGAGGGAAAAAAAAACCCAUAGUGCCUUGAUUUUGAUUCAGGUGAUAACUCACCGUCUUGAACUCAUUGUCUGUUUCAGUAGCAGUUUUGAAACCUUAGUACAUUUUUAAUUAGCAUGUGGGUGUCAGUGCCAUUAUUAUUCUCCUUAGUCCCAUGAAGACUGCUUUGAGUCUCUUGGACUGGAGGUACAAAUAAUUGAGAAAUAAAAGAUGACAUCCUAACACUAUCAGAGUCAUUAGUGUGAUCACAAAAUUGUUUUCCUAAAUCAGCAUCUUCCUCUAAAGCUAAGUAGUCACUUAAGAAUUACCAGUAAAUAUUUGCUCAAUAUGAUCUUGAUAUUCCUACAAAGAAACAAGGAGGGGUAGGAAUUGGCUUUGCCUUCACUACAACACUAGCAUAUUGUAACUCACAUGCUUUUUAAAGAUGCACUAAGAUUUCACUUGGCAAUAUCAUUCUAAAGGUAAUAAAUUCCAACAGAAAUUGCAUACAUAAAAAAAGCAUUUUUAUAGAUUUUAUGGUACUAAUAAUUAAAUUUACAACUAUAGAGCAAAAGAAAAUUAAUGGAAAAUAUCUUAUUAAAUAUCAAAAAUUAUUACUGAGAAAAGAGAAGACAGCAAACUGUAAAAAAUCAAAAUUAACCUUAAAAGACAAUAUGGAACAGAAUUGAGGUUGUUAAACAGAAAAGGUUUUGAGCAAUGAAAAUAACCUAAUAUAGAAUUACUAGAUGAAGGAGUCAGAGGAACUCUAAGUCAGUUCUUAAGACUUUUCUGUCCUCAGCUUUGCUGUCAUCCUUAAAGGAUAUACUUUGUCUUUCUGUAGAAAACCACACUUGGCCACACUUAAAUUAGAAAAUUAGUGCUGAAAAAGAAAAUAACCAAAGAAAGUUGGUACCUAUCCUUCUACAAAAGAAGUGUCACUAGAUACCAAUCAAUAAUUAACAUAUCAAGGAGCUCCUCUUCUAGCUAAAUGAUCAUCCAGAAGAGAUUUCUGACUUUCUCAUGAAUGUCAAGUAUAGUUGUCAGAAUACGCGUGUACUUGAGCAUACAUACACAUAGACAAAAUUUAUGUUGUAGAAUAUGGCAACAGUAUUAAUUUUCUCCCCUUUCAAAUGGCCUUUCUUAAUAUUACCAUGCCAUUCCAUAUAUAUCUGAGUUGUGCCUCAUUUAUGUAUUGGUGAUUUCUAGUGAUUGGAUUUAGCCAACAAACGAUAGGAAGAACUGUUAUAUUAAGGUUUAUCCUCUAAGUACCAUACUGAAAGAUGGUGAACCGUGAGUACUGUGUACUUAGGUUAACAAAGGCAAAGCGUAAGACAAGUCACAGGGCAAAUCUGUAGACUGUUCGUUUAUUCACAUUCUCCUCCACCAGUUCCUUCAAGUAUUUUCCAUCCUCACAAAUAGUUGGGAAAGAAAAUUAGACAACUUUUGCUUUAUAAUUCCUGUUGUUCCUCACAGCUCAUUUUUUUCCUGCUUAGAAUUGAUUGCUAAAAUUUUAAAGGAGCAGCUAGCUGCUUUUCCUUUGCUAUCAGUAUCAAGUGUUGUGUUGGCGGAGCUAGUCAGCACCAACUGCCUGUUCGCUCCUUCUUUAACUUUGUUGUCCUCCUGCUUCUCUUGAACUUGGAUUGCAAAGCUGUCCCUGCCUCCUCCCCCAUGAAUCAGGACUUGAGCCUUCUGAUGAAGAUUCAGUACUUGCCUGUUCUUUAUUUCUGUAGCCAAAGUUGUUAAUUAAAAUCCUGAAUCUAAGUCAUGAAAAAAUACCAAAUAGGAACACCUUUCAGCUACUUAAAAAUCGUAUCUUCCCUCUGCUUUACUCUCAUAGAUACUCAGUUUUCCCUAAAAAACAUUUUAUUCUGGGUGGCACUUCUUAAGUAAGAAACUGUUGAAGAUAAGGAAAAAUGUUAGUUAUCUUGAUUCAGACUGCUGUGGGACUGGGUGAGUCAGUGUUGUUUUAACAACUACGUGAGGACUACAAGGAUUAAUAAAGUUGCCGCUGAGAGUAGUAUCAAAGCAGAACCUAGACACUGUUUUUAGAGUGGAAAAUACUGGUGGAAAAGCAAUUACAGAGGAUGGGGGUAGCAUGUAAGUAAAUAUUACAGUUCGGUCUUCAAACUCUGUCCUAAAUUGAGGGGAUAAUUUGAGUCCUGUGCUCUGUCACUUAAAUCUGGUUUUGGAAUGUACUAGUAAUAAAAGGAUGCCAGUGACUGGCUAGUUUGUUGUAGAAUCCUCAGUGCAGAGUAGUGGCCAUGCUGUUUGGGUUCUUCAUUAGUGCUGUAGUUAUGGGCCAUUGCCUUAAAGCAGUCUGCCUGCGGUUGGGUUGGGUAAGGGCAACGCAGCCUGCAGCUCUGUAAAGGGCAUUGUGUGGGAAGAGGAACCCUUGUUCAAGAAGCCUUAGAAAGGGGCCCCUUAAAAUAGUUCUCUAUUUGCCUGCAGUACAGACAGGUGAAAAUUAUUUUAAACUGGAUAUUACUCAGCGUGUUUUAAAAUGUUUCCACUACAUUGAGGUAAACUUUUUUUACAUGGAAUGCAAAUAGCAUUUUACUCUAGUAUUGCUCAUUUCUACUUUUUUCUUCCUCUAUAUUUCUUUAGUGAUCGUUCAUUGAUGAACGUUUGUGUAAAACUCAUUCAAGUCUAUUGCCUUUCCAGUAUCUGUGACCCUGUUCUUAGUCCCUCAGGAGUCAGUGUUGGAAGGUCUGAACACUGGAUAUUACUAUUGCUGAGUGAGUCUAGCCAGGAGUAAACGGAGUGGAAUUUUUAAAUGGUGGAAAAGAAAGAGCACAAAGGGACUUGCCAUUUUAAUAGUGACUGGAGAAAGAGAACAUUUUAAAUUUGUUUGGGUUGGGUGAGCAUUCUUCUGAAAGGAGCUUCUGAAGUAAUUGCAAAGGAAAAGAGUCGACUAUUUUUAUAGCAUAUUUAAUAUAUUUGUAUAUAACUAUGAAUAUAUAGUAGGAACCCUCCACAUGCCUCCCACUUUUCUAAUGUACUCCCCCUUUUGCCAUAGCACUAGUAUAGCCUCAUCCGCAUGGGUAAUGUGCCUAUUGUCAGCCUACCAAAAGAUAGAGCUGCUGCUUUCUGAGACAGGUGAGAAGACCCGACUCUCACGCCUGGGGAUCCUUUAUAUAGGAAUAGCACACUUUUAAAACAACAUACCACAGUCUAAAAGCAUCAUUCUGAAAUGUAACAAGCACUUUAUUGCAAUUAUUCAUUUUGAUAAAGUUUAUUUCUUAAGCAUUACCAUUUCUGAAGGAUCCCCAAAUCAUCACUUAGGUGAAAUUUAAAAAUGACACAUUUCUGAGAAAUGUUUAGAUCCAGUGAACCAUAGUAGGUUUAUGGGAGUGAUUUCAAGGUAGCCAAAUGAACUUUGACUUUUGUUUUGAAUGUGGUGGAGUCAAGAGAUUUGUAGAUGCCUAGUUCAUUUAGACACUAUUGUAAACCUAUCUUGCCUAUUGUAUGGACACCAAAAGAGACCAAUGAGCCUGUUUAUUUUCAGAGGUCUAGGAAAACUGCAUCAGUGUGAAUAGGUGUAUAGAACUAACUUAAAAGUGAUUGGUAGUAAUAUUUUAGAAUACAGUAAUUUCAAGAAUUAUUCUGGGUGUUUUAAAUGUGCUCCGAAAUGUUGGCAUGUCAUUUCAGCAUUUCUAUUUGAAUUGCUCUUGUAAUAUUUUUGCACAAAAUACUGAGAAAAAGACUACUUUGCUUGAAGAAAGGAAAAAAUACAUAAUUUGGUCUUAUUUUAAUGUCUUGUGGAAACACUGGGGAUGAAUUUUGUUGGUAUAGUUAUUAAUUCAGGAUAUUUAAAACAGUAUUGAACAGCUCACAAGAAAUUAAGCAAACGUGGAUAUUUAAAAAUUAAAACUUUCUUUCCAUGUGAGUGUUUUGCAUAUUUUUCCCCAUGUCAUAAUUUAACACUACAUUCCUUGUUUUUCUUAAAUAAAGUAAUACUUUGCAGGUUC